CUCAGACGCUCAAAGUGUUUCAGUGAGAGAAGAAAGAGAGGACAGGUGAACAUGCAGCUCUUCCUGGCUCUCUGCUUUCUGCUGGGAAUCCCCAGCGGGGCUCCAGAAAUUCACUCUCUCAAGUAUUUCUACACUGCAGCCUCCAAUGUUCCAAACUUUCCAGAGUUUGUGGUCGUUGGUUUGGUGGAUGAUUAUACAAUUCUUCACUAUGACAGCAACACCAGGAGAGCAGUUCCCAAACAGGACUGGAUGAAUAAAAUCACAGAAGAAGAUCCAUCGUACUGGGAGAGGCAGACUCAGAUAGAUUUUGGAGAUCAACAAACCUUCAAGGGAAACAUUGAGAUCGUGAAGCAGCGUUUGAACCAAACUGGAGGUCUUCAUAUUGUCCAGUGGAUGUAUGGUUGUGAAUGGGACGAUGAAACUGAUGAGGUGAAUGGAUUUGAUCAAUACGGUUUUGAUGGAGAAGAUUUCCUUGUUUAUGACCUGAAGACAGAAACAUGGAUCGCUCCAGUUCAACAGGCUGUUCGCACCAAACACAAGUGGGACAAUGACAAAGUAGAGAUGACUCGAUACAAGCACUACUACACCACAGAAUGUCCUGAUUGGCUAAAGAAGUAUGUGGAGUUUGGUCGGAGCUCACUGAUGAGAAAAGAUCUUCCCUCAGUGUCUCUCCUCCAGAAGACUCCCUCCUCUCCGCUCACCUGCCACGCUACAGGUUUCUACCCCGACAGAGCCGACUUGUUCUGGAAGAAAGACGAGGAGGAGCUCCAUGAGGACGUGGUCAAAGGAGAGAUCCUCCCCAACCAUGACGGGAGCUUCCAGAUGAGCGUUGAUCUGGAUCUUUCAGGGCUCAAAGAUGAAGACUGGGGGAGGUACAGCUGUGUGUUUCAUCUGGCUGGAGGACAGGAAGUCUCCAAGAGACUGGACAAACGGGACAUCAGGACCAACUGGAAGACAAAUGAUGGAGGGUUUCCCACUGGAGCUGCUGCUGGAGGAGUUGUUGCUGCUCUGCUCCUCCUGACAGGCUGCAUCAUGGGACUCAUCGUCUGCUUGAAGAAACCACCUCAAGGGUUCAGAGCCACUAACACCUUUGAAACUUCCUCUUCAUCAGGAGAAGAUCCAGCCGAGAAGAAGAUGUUAAAAACCUCUUCGUGAAAGGAAGAGUCCAGAGAGGCUCCAGUCAUUGAGUCUGAUGGAGCAAGAGCCAAAAGAAAUGAUGGAGAAGUUGCUGAUUGCUCCACUCUGAGCUGCUCUCCAGGACGGGGCUCCUUCCUCCCUGUGGAUUGACUUUGCUUUGGUGGAAUCUUGCUGCAGCUUGUGGCUCUUUGAGUGUGUUUGGAUCAGAUGUUUUGUAGGAGGAGGCUCCUGCAGCAGUUCUCACACUGGCCCGGUUUACAUGGCUGUUUUUUGCAAUCCAUUUGAAAACAAUUGUGUUAACUACAUUUGUGUACAUGACGGCAUACAAAACGAUCCACGAUCAGUCCUGGUUUACCAGGACCCCUGAUGAAACAGAUUAUACGGCGUCCUGUGAUAUGGGGACAAAGUCUCUCACAGAACUUUGAGGUCUUUAGCUCUGCAGCAGCAGUCCUCAGCCCCAGCAGUGUCUUUAUCUGCUGGAUAUCUGCUCAAAUAAUGUCUCAAC